GCCGCCUCGGGAGCCCCCACGGACGCUCAAACGAUCCUAGGAGAGGCACGGGUGUCCUGCUUGGCCGGGUGUCCUGCUUGACUUUCCCAUCCCACCGGUCACAGUGCACAUUUUGGAAAUGGACAUCAUGUCAGCGGGGAAGGAUUCUCUCCGAGGCGAGGAGCCCAUUACUAGCAGUAUUGGAAGCCCACCUCUGGCCAGUGGACAACAUUUUCUGCCUCAAAAAUCGGAAGCAGACACGAUCCUCACAAGAGAUCAACCUGUAUUUAAAUCCCCGCUCAAUUUUGCUACUCUAACUGUAGAGCAACUGGGAAUUACACCAGGAAGUUUUACCAAUAGCUCUCCAGGGAAAUCUCCAUACUUGCUAAAAAAAUCCAGACGGCGUUCUACAAUUGGAACAAGAGGCUCUCCUGAAACAAAUCAUCUUAUCCGCUACAUUGCUCAGCAGAAGAAUUUAAAGAGUGCAAACAAAUCUCCAUUGGCCCAGUCUCCCUCUUCAGCCCAGGCCUGCCACUUUUCCCAUCGAAAUGGUGUCUCAUUAAAAGAGCAAAUAUCUGCCUUCCAGUCUGUUUUUCACCCGAUGGAGGAAAACGAAGGAAAGCCUUGCUUUUCUGGAUUUUUGGAGGAGGAGGAGGGAGAAUUCCAGGUGACAGGCUACGUUAAGAAUGAAAGCCCAAGAAAUAGUGGAGAUUUUUCAUCAAAGCGCCGGCGAGUGUCUUACCAGCAAGAUUUAAAAGAAAACACCGUUAGUGGUGAAAACAAGCUGGCUGUCAUCCCGAAGGACUGCAGAGUGACUUUUUCUGAAGGAGCCAGAGCUAGUGGCGUGGACCAAUCUCUGAAGUCUUGUGAUGAGCAACCCAGCGUUGCUCAGUCUGGAUGUUUCCAUUUAGGAGCUGUUCCAUUAGCAGAUCUCUCAGGGACAUUAAAUGGGGCUGGUGCCGCUGGCUCUGUACUGGAAGAGAUUUCAAGUAACGAGGCAUCAAAAAGUGUAAAGAGAGUUAAGAUGGAAGAAUCACCGCACCUGGGAAUAUUGAAGGAAAACAUGUUGCCAAGUACCCCAUUGUGCAAAAGGGAGGUUACAAGUCAUUUCACCCUCCGCUCGGUGCUCAAGAAGACCCCCGUUAAGUCGUUAUCUGGAAGUUGGAAGGAACACCGAUGGGCCACUUGUGAAGAUGGAAGUCAGCCUUUGUCCUUCUCGAAUACGGUGAAAGAUUAUGAAGAGCUGAAAAGUGAUGGAGGGGAAGCUGGCAUUCUGAUCACCCAAAAAACGUGGCAGAAGAAGGUUACAUUUGGAGAAUACUUAAGCCCGGAAGUAUUUGAUGAAUCUCUGCCUGCAAACACUCCAUUACGAAGAGGAGGAACCCCUGCCCGUCAGCAAGAUUUGAGAAACUUAAGUCCUCCAGAGCCACAUCUUUUUCCUACAACAGACGCAUUGGCUCAACUAAAUUUUGAUGAUGAUGAGUCUCUGGGAAACACCGAGCAACUUCAAGUAUCUUGUGGUGUACCUCCUGUUGGAAGUUCUCCAUCCUCAGAAAUUCUUAAUGAAACCAAAAUUUAUAAUUCACCAAAUAAAGAUGAAAGUACUUCUCCCCUUAAAGAUGCUAGAAUAACACGGUCCUCCUCCAAAAGGAAGAUUGAAAUAACACAUUCUUCAAAACAGUUUAGCAUUAAAAAAGAGAAUGCCAACAAUUCAUCAGAAAUAGAAUCCAAAACUGAGAAAGCGAUGAAGCCCAACAGAAAGAAACCUCAUGGUCCUAAGGGCAAAACAACAUCUCAGAAAAUUCCAAUGUUAAGAAGUGGCAAAAGAAGGAAAGGAAAAGGAAAGAGAAAAGUAGAGAAAUCUUUGUAUGGGAAAAGAGAGAUGGCUUCCAAGAUACCUCCCUUAAGUCCAAUUCCUGAAAUCCCUGAGAGCCCCGGAGCAGCAGCAUCACCUCACUUCAAAAGGCCAGAGAGUCUGUGCUCUUCAGAUUAUUUCAACUUCAACAUUCCGUGUGACAAGCCUGUGAGUCCUGAACUGAGAGAACCUGUUGAAAGAACCAGAAGGAAAUCUCUCCCCCAAAACAAUAUGAAAAUGGAGGAUUCCAAGACCUUGCAGACAAUUUGGGGCUUUGAUGAGUGCAGUAUGUCAGGAGUAGAGGGAGCCUCUCCUGUCACUCCCCCAGUUGGGGACCCGGCUCCUACUCUGAGUCCCUCUACGGCCAGCGGAAGCAUUCGAGGAGAAAACCGUGGCCCAGUCCCCUCUUUGGAUCCUCAAAGUCCUGACUCAGGGGCGAAGUUUGUCAACAUUAAAGAAGAGGCUGCCAACAAUUCAGCUGAAAUAGAAUCCCAAACUGAGAAAGCGAUGAAACCUAAUAGAAAGAAACCCCAAGGUUCCAAGGGCAAAACAACAUCUCAAAAAAUUCCAGGAUUAAGAAGUGGCAAAAGAAGGAAAGGAAAGGGAAAGAGAAAAGUAGAGAAAUCUUUGUAUGGGAAAAGAGAGAUGGCUUCCAAGAAACCUCCCUUAAGUCCAGUUCCUGAGAUCUCUGAGAGCCCUGGAGCAGCAGCAUCACCCCACUUCAAAAGGCCAGAGAGUCUGUCAGGUUAUUUCAACUUUGACAUUCCGUGUUACGAGCCCACGAGCCCUGUGCCGAGAGAACCCGUUGAAAGACCCAGAAGGAAAUCUCUCCCCCAAAACAGCAUGAAAAUGGAGGAUUCCAAGACCUUGCAGACAAUCUGGGGCUUGGAGCGCAACGCAUCGGGAAUAGAGGGGGCCGCUCCUGUCAGUCCCCCGGUUCCUACUCUGAGUCCCUCCAAGGUUGGAGGAAACAUUCGAGGAGAAAACCGUGACCCAGUCCCCUCUUCGGAGCCUCGAGGUCCCGGCUGGGGGCCGAAGGAAGGGUCCGGGAGCCUCUCUGGAGCCCAAGGAGGCCUUUCGGUCACUGAUCCCGAAUCAGCCCUUCCCCCUCUCCCCGUGCUCCCCCUGCCGUCUCCUGCCACGGUCCCGCCUCAACCCGGUGGGACCCCGGCGCCCCCCGGGGGAGUCGCAAGCUCAGUGAGCGGUAGUCCCAAGACGUCUUUAACCGAACCUGGGGGAGGACAGGAGACCAACAUCUUCACAGAUGGGUGGAGCGUGGAAUUAGAAGAGCCAGAUGGGGUUGAUGUUCAGGAGGGCAUGGAGGAAACCGCAAGCCAAAGUUGCCAGGAAUUUGAAAGAGAAGAAUCGGCAGAAAAUCGCAUGGUGACGAGUUACCAGAAACAACUGAGGAGACGUAGAAGAAGCUCUGUGUAUUAUCCAGAUUAUGAAAGUGUCCACAUUGAAGGUGGAAAUGAACAUCCUGGUUCCCAUUACAACUCCUCAACCGAAGAACUGUUUUUGGAAGGUAAUUCAGACCUAUAUAAUAAUCUAGCCUACUCUAUAGGACAGGCCCUCGAGCCAGGGCAGGCUGAUGAAACAAGAGUAAGGCGGAGUAUGAGGCUGCAAAAGGGUUCAGACAGUCAGGGACUUGUGUGGAUUUCGGACCCAAACGCCACCUCGCUGAGCUCUCUUCAGAAAACGAACAGGAGGACUAUAUGUGCGUCCCACGGCAGAGACUAUGAAACUAUCCACAGGCAAGAAUCCUGUGUUCUGUUCUCUACAUCCAAUGAAGAAAACUCUGAGACUCUUUCGGUUGGAGGUUCUUCUCAUGGGCUGAGAAGAAAAAGCUUUUGCUCAUCUGCUUUUUUACAAACUGGAAAGAAGCCCCAAACAAAAAGAGCUGGAAGAGCAAGUUUGUCUUACACAAAUAAGAAAAAUCGCUCAAAUGACUGUGAAGUAUUGGAGAAAAAAAGUGGCUGCUGAGAUUACCAAUCGUUCAUUAGAAGUGGGCAGGUAACUAAGCUUGAAAUCUUCUUUAGUCACAGUCUUGGUUUUGCCUCAGGAUUUUCACAGUUUUGAGAGAUGUCAAGCAAAUCCACUACCAAUAGGGAAAAAAAAAUCUUUUUAUCUCUUUCCUGAUGAGGACGAUCACCUUUCAUUUUCAUUUCCAUUUGAGUGAACCAUCUUGUGACCAUCCCUGAGUGCCCCCUGCAACUAGCCAGAGAACCGAUGGUUAUGGCAAGAAAUGAGAUCGAACAAUUAAGUGAACCCCAGUACCUGUGGCAGCCAUGGAGUAGAAUUACUGAGGCUUCAGAUAAGGAGAAAUGACUUCUGGAGGCUAGAAGAUGUCAGCAUGUUCUGGUUACAUUUAAAAUUAAUAAAAACAAUACAAAAGGGUUGCUCUGAA